CUUUUCCCUGAUCUUGUCCCUUUUUCUUUCCCUCCCUUCCACUAACAUCUGGUUCCUUCCUGUGGGUACUUUUCCCUCUUCGAGACCGAAAAACGCACAUUUUAAAAGAACGAAGGCGAGGGCGAAGGAUUGAAAGAAACUUCUUGCUGUCCCCCCUUUCCUUCCACUCUCUCCACACUACGAGAAAAUUCGACUGAGACGAAGCCAGCGGUUCUCCUUUUUAUCAGACGUCCGAAUAUUCCCCCUCUGGGCAGCCCGCUAUAGCCUCGUCUGGCCUCUUUUUCGAUCGAGUUCCCGCUACCCUUAUAGUUUCUCUCGGAAGCAAUCGGUGGUUUCUUCUACCCCUCCCCCGCCGUUUCUAAAAAGCCCAGUCUUACCCUCAGACCAACAACAUAACACAACCACCUUUUUGUUUUUAACCUUUUUUCCCAUUCCCUCUCUCUGUCUCCUCCAUCAACAAAUACCGGCGGUUAAUAAAUUAAUCGCUGUUCUUCACACCUCCUCUGAACACUCUUAAAAAAACUCAGCCAAUACAAAAAUGUCGCAGAAGGCGGAAAAGCACCGACUGUACAAGAUCCUCGAGAUCGCUCCCGAUGCCUCCGAGGCCGAGAUCAAGAAAGCUUAUCGCAAGCUUGCUAUGAGAUAUCAUCCAGACAAGAAUGCGCAUAACCCCGACGCUUCAGAUAAGUUCAAGGAGAUUGGUCAUGCAUACGAAAUUUUAUCCGAUCCCCAGAAGCGAAAUGUCUAUGACCAGUAUGGUGAGGAAGGCCUUUCUGGAGAAGGUGGAAUGGGCGCCGGAAUGUCUGCAGAAGAUCUGUUUUCCCAGUUCUUUGGUGGUGGAGGUAUGGGCGGCAUGGGCGGCAUGUUUGGCGGCGGAAUGCAGCAACAGGGUCCUAAGCGGAGUCGGGAUAUCGUUCAUGUUCACAAAGUCGCACUCGAAGACCUUUACAAGGGCAAGGUUUCCAAGCUUGCCCUGCAAAAGAGUGUUCUUUGUUCCAAGUGCGCAGGUCGUGGUGGAAAGGAGGGCUCUGUCAAAAAGUGUACCGGUUGCGAUGGUGUGGGUAUGAAGACUAUGAUGCGCCAGAUGGGUCCUAUGAUUCAACGGUUCCAGACUGUCUGCUCCGACUGUAACGGUGAGGGAGAGAUGAUCAAGGACAAGGAUAGGUGUAAAACCUGUCACGGGAAGAAGACUAUCACCGAGCGAAAAGUUCUGCAUGUCCAUGUCGACAAGGGUAUGCAAGAUGGGCAGAAGGUCACUUUUAAGGGAGAAGGUGAUCAGGGUCCGGAUAUCACCCCUGGAGACGUAAUUUUCGUUAUUGAACAGAAGCCCCAUGCUCGAUUCCAGCGGAAAGGAGAUGACCUGUAUUACCAAGCUGAGAUCGACCUUCUUACCGCACUGGCUGGCGGAACUAUUGCGGUUGAACAUCUUGAUGAGCGUUGGUUGACGGUAACUAUCAACCCCGGUGAAGUCGUUAGUCCUGGCGCCAUCAAGGUUGUUCGUGGGCAGGGCAUGCCCUCUUAUCGUCAUCAUGAUUACGGCAAUUUGUACAUUCAAUUCGAUGUCAAGUUCCCGCCCGAUCAUUUUAAUGACACGGAGAAGAUCGUUAUGCUCGAAUCCAUCCUUCCCCCGAGGAACAUUCCUGAGAUCCCGGCCGAUGCUAUGGUUGAUGAUGUGGUCCUGGAGGAGGUCGAUCAGAGUCAGCAAGCUCGCGUUAAUGCCAAUGCGAUGGAAGACGAUGAAGACCCACACCAGGGUGCUGAGAGAGUGCAGUGCGCGAGUCAGUAGAAGAAAUCAGAAUUUCUUUUAACGCGGUAAAAUGAUAAAAUGGGUAUGGGGGUUUAUUUUUCUGAGCGGCGAUGUAGGGCGGGUGGGGCGCAGUGUAUGGCUCAAUUCUUGUCAAACUGAGAAAGCAAAG